ACAGUUUCAGGCGUGAGUCUUUGUCAGGUUUUGGUCUGUUAAGUCAAAUUAUUGUUCAAAAACACUGAUAGUAAUGAAUCUGAAAGUGUAAUGAAUUUAUUUUGUGGACACGACUGAGAUCCUGCUAAACUUUGGAAUCUUUGUACACACAUUUGAAGGUAGGACACUUUUAUGAGAGCAUGAACCCGAGAAGAUAUCCACAGCUUCGAAGUGACGCUAAACUACAUAGCCAUAGUUUGAUGAUGAUGAUGAUGAUUAUUCUUUUUAUUAUUAUUUAUUUUACUAAAGAGAAAAUAUAUUAAAUGUUUCACUACAAUGUUUAAAUCUUUUCUACAGUAAAGUGUGUUUAAAUAAAUACCAUAGGUAAAUAUGCCUCCAGCAUCAACGCAAGGAAUAUCCUCAUAUGCAGACACAGGUAUGGUAAAAUUCCCUUAUACAAAGCUAGAAUUAGUCUCUGAUUGUAAUGCAAUGUCUUAUACUUGUGGCUAAUAGUUAAUGUAUUUUAUACUUGGCAGGUUUUGGCCUAAGUUUGCUUUUGGGAACUGAUUAUGACAGAAGGAAAACCAAACUUAAGGAGGAGCUUCAGCUAGACUACAAACAACAUAUUGCCAAGGUCUGGUUUAUUUAUUUUAUUUAACCUUUAUUUAACCAGGUUUGUCCCAUUUGCAAGGGAGACCUGACCAAGAAUGGCAGCAAUACAUAGUUACAACAAACAGUCACACACAGACUCAAUACAGAACAAAAAUGUGAGGAAACAUCAGUUUAAACAGAGACAUUCUGAGAGUUUGUACUCCAGCCUUUUAACCGCAGAUUUAAAAACAGUCAAAGACACCAAAUUUUGCAGCUUAAAUUCAGUCUGCAGAUUACCUUCUUUCCCAUUUCAGUUCUGGCUCUGGGGACAAUAAACUGUAUAAAUCUCAAUGAUCUCAGGUUCUGUAAUUCAUCCUUUAAGAUCAAUAAGGAGGAAAGGUAGUCCUGAAUUUUUCCAAGAAUGCCUUUGUAAAAAAAGACCUUUGUCCUUUUUUCCAGAAAAAGGAACUGAAGACAAGCAAACCUCAUCCACAACCCCAGGGUCUCUCUUUGCCUAUUAAAGACAAGACAUCAGUCCAGGUGUGUGUGUGAGUGGAUCUUCAGCAUAGUUCAACAUUAGCAUUGUUAAUAUUAUUUGUGUGCGACUGUACACCAGUGUGUGACAUCUCUAUUGUUUUCUAUCGAUCAUAGAUUUUCCACAGAGUGCAUGUAAGCUGAUGUGAAAAAGAAACUACACAGUGUUUUGUGUUGUACAGCAACUGCUCACUAGCAGGGCUCAUAAGUUUGCCAAUAAGACAAAGGGAAGCUUAUUCAUUGAUGUGUGGCCCAGUGGCCUAAUGGAUAAGGCAUCAGCCUCCGGAGCUGGGGAUUGUGGGUUCGAGUCCCACCUGGGUCGCUUUAAUUGCACCUGGAGUCAUUAAAUGAUCCAGUUUAUGAAGACCUUGACUGUUUGAUAAUGGGCUGAAGUCCAUCUCUGUGUAUGACUGUGCCAAAGCAGUUAUGCUGUAAACCCUAUGCUGAAAAAAUGAAGGCACUGAUUAUCAAAGAAUAAAGCUGCAUUAAAGUCUACACCUCUAUGUCUUGAUUUCAAACAGAUGCUGAUUCAUAUUAUUUGUUUUUUAAAUUUAGUUUCAAUACUGAUGUAUAAGUGAUAGCUUAGACUCAAACACAGCUAAUGAAAGACAUCAUUAAAACUGUUUUCUCUCACAGGAAAAACUGCGAGAGGAGAGAAAUAAAGAGUACAACCUCUUCCUAAAGAAUCAAGCUCAGAAUAGAAAGUUUAAAAGGGUUGUACCUCCUGUCACUAAAGAGGUAAUGGAAAUAAAACCAACAAUCUCAGUCAUUUUUUUGUAUGAUAAAAAAAUCUAAUGUGGUAAAGCAGGUUUGUGAAAGCUGCAACAUUUUUCUCUCUUUUUUUUACAUUCAGGCUUCAGAUGCUGUUUGCAUUUCCUCUCCUGCUUCUCCUCUUCAAAUCCCCAACAUGCCCACAAAUUAUCACCCUCCUCUCUGGGAGCGCCCUUCAUCCAGGAAAGAUGCUGCGACUUUGACUGAGGAGGUGGGUAAUGGAAAAAGGACAGGCGCUUGGAUUCCAGCCCAGCGGGGACGGAGGCGUUGGCAAAUCAUCAAACAAAGAGGGUCGUAUAGCUCUGAGGAGGAGCUGGAUAUUGACAGGGAGCAAGAGCUGGUGAUCAGAAGGAUUAGGAGACACUCAGACACUCCAGAGCUAAAGUACAAAGAGGAGAGGAGGGCCAGAGAGCACAGAGCUACUAGGUGUCGCUUUUUCUUUCUAUUUUUGAGUCAUUUUUGUCUUUAUCAUCUAACCAUAGUGAUGAUGAUGAUGAUGAUGAUGAUGAUGAUAGUGGUGUAUAUCUUUUUUACCUGUCGUGUCUCUUUCAAUGGCAGAGCCCCUCAAGGUACUCAGGAGGUAGAGGCCUCUGGUGGUCAUGAUCAGAACAACAAUGCCUUGUUUGAGAAGCCAGAGUAAGCCCAUAUUUAUUUCUACGUUGACAGCAAUGCAAUUCAUCCCACUGAAACAGGAUCGUCCUUGCUAGCAACGGCAUUCACUCACAGAGCUGAAAGGCCAAUAAUACCCCUUUGGAGAGUCUCAUAAAUAUUUUCAAUCAAUGAAAAAAAUCUGAUUAAAUGAGCCAAGCCAAGACAGGUAUUGAUAAUUGUUGCCAUACACAGUUAUUGCUCUCCUGCUCUCUCAGCUUUUAUUGUUUCCUGUCAUGCCAUUAAAGUUGAGCCACACUGAGUAAGCUGUUGAGCGGGGAUGGAGGGUGAGUCUUGGCCCAGCUCCGGGUAAACAAUUACUCAACCCAGUUUUAUCUAAGAAGCUGGACUGCAGCCAAUGUGAGGCUUCACCCUCUGUCUUUGAGACCAGAAAGCUGUGCAAGCAAAUGAGGAAAAUGUGUAUGAUGUAACUCGGUAGCGGGGUGUGGCUCUAGGGAACUGGUAACUGUGCUGUUAACCUUCUAUCCUGCCAUUAAUUGGAUGAGUCUUGUAAAGUGUCAGGAUCUGUUUAUCUUUGUUUAGUAGUCUGGAAAUGCCAGACAGAAUGAGGGCAGCUGCAAGAUCAAGACCUGCAACCAGCUGGGAUAAAGCAGAACAUGCUACCGGGCUUAUUAUUGGUAAAAACCCCAGCGUUAUCUCAUUAUGCUUUUGGUAUCUGUCACUUUCAGCAUCUUUGUUGACGAAUCCUGAACAUUUACAGCUCCUUUCUUUUGUCAUGUAGGAGCGGCAGAGGAGCAGACGGCCUCUCAGCUGAGGAAAGAGCAAUACAAGCAAGAGCUGCUGAAACAAAUAGCUGAACAGCAAAGGAAUAAGACGAGGUGAGUUUUUUUUGUUCAAUAAAUCAACAUGCAGAGAGUGGUUUUACUGCAAAAACUCCUGAGAGUUGACAAGAAAUGAAGGAUGGCAUUUUUUUUUUUGUGCUCAGGGAGAAGAAACUACAGCUGGGGGUUGCUGCUACUGGAGUGACAGACCCUGAGAAGGAGGUAGAGCAGGACCAGACCAGACUCAAAGUGAUGAAGUUAUAAAAUUGAUUUUUUUUUUUUAAGAUUUUAUCUAACUUUAACAAAAGCAUUGUGCCUCAUUCUCUGCUACAUUUCACAGUAACUCAACAGUGUUAUAAACUGAACUACAUUUUAAUUCUUUACAACUAUUAUAGACAGUGUUGAUGUGAUUUUGGCAUCACCUUGAGUGACACUUUCUGUCUUUCUCCUGUUGGAUCAGCCCCACAGAAUGAAGCACUUUGGGUCUGAAAAUCUGGGCUAUGACAGCUGGAAACCACAUAGCUCCAAACAGUCUGGAAUAGAUCUGAAGCCUGCAAAAAAAGACUUAUAUCCAUGGACUAGAGAUCAAAUACCCACUGAGGACUCAGAGCAGCAUGUUCCCUUAGGAAUGUCCCAUGUGGACCAGGGGACAGCUCUCAGGCGGCUAACAGGGACAACUGGACCUCGAUCAGAGUCGAAGGCAGCCCAAGGUGUCCCCUCACUGGACUACUUUAAUGAGAACUACCAUCGAGACUUCUCAAACAUUCUGGGAGAGGUGGCCUUGCCAAGGUAGUGCACUUGUUACUCUGCGUUUGCAUGCAUGAAGCAACUCAGCUUUAAGUUCUCUGAGUUUUGUGAUCUGUGUUUUCAGGGUUGCUGCUGUUCCUCCUCCUGUAACUCCCAGUGUGAACAGUCAAUACAAGACUCCUUAUGAUGCAGCUUAUUACUACUAUGGAGCAAGGAAUCCUCUAGAUCCUCACCUUCCAUACUAUCAGAGUACAACAUCACAACUCUUGUUAUUUUAAAGCUUGUUUUAUGUCUUUUCCUUUUAAAAUAAAAGCCUGUAAACUUUUCUAACUACAGCAGACAGACGAAUCCAGGUUUUAAUUUUGAUGUAUGAAAAAAAGGUGGCAGAAAGAUGAAACUGACUAAAUCAUGACUAGUUUUAUUUAUUUAUUAUCUUGCGUUUUCUUUGUUAGAUGGUGCACCUGGAGGGGAGCAGCAGCGUGGAAAUUUCCACAGUCCUCUGCAAAGACUACCUCCUGUCAGACCCAGUGACUGCACCAGGUCAGUGUCGAUGCCACCACCAUCAUUUUUGCAGUCAAAAGUGUGAUAAAUUAGUAAAAUUUCUGUCAUUUAUGCUCAUCAUUUGCUUCCCUGACUCUUUCUUCGUAGAGCACCGACACCCAUGAAUAUAGGUGGUGUCCUGGCAGAGAAGUCUAAUCACGGAAGAGAAAAUGCCCUGAGCUACCAAGAAGCACUCAGACAACAGGUAGAUGUCAGACAUGGACGACAACUGCAGAUUAAACAAAAAAUUAAUGAAAGUAUCAAUGAGCUUGCAGACAAAUUAAAAAACAUUCAAAACAUUUCCUUUUAGAUUAAAGACAGAGAAGAGCGCAGGAAAAGAGAGAAAGAAGAGAAGGAGCGUUAUGAUGCCAAGAUAGAGGCUGAGUCGAUGGCGUACAAUCCUUGGGGGAGAAGUGGAGGAGGGGCUCCAAUUAAAGACCAAAAUGGCAACCUCAUUAGUGAGUAGGCUUUUGCUUCAUGUUUCAUUGCCAAACCUCAGAUUCUCUCUAUCAUGAUAAAUACAAAAACAACACUUUCAAGGGUUGCUAAAAUGUUCCUGUGCUUGUAGGUAACCUAACUCAAAUGCACAGGACCAACAAGGAGUCCCAAAGGAAUCCAGUUUCCAGGAAUGGUGGACACUUACAUGGCUUUUUGAUGAGGACUGUGCUCUCUCCAGGCCGUGAAGACAGAGAAACCCCUCCUCGCCAACUGUCAGGUAAGCAUCAGCGUCUGCAGAUGACUGUUUAGCUCAUUAAGUUUAGACCACUCUUCAGAGAUCAAUAACUUUGAGUCUCUUUUGUCCUUGAAGGUUUCAAUGAGGAUGGGUACAGAGAAGAACUGAGAAAACAGGUAGGUCCUAGAUCACAGCCUCCAGUCUAGUGCUUGAAGUCAUUGAUCGAGCAAAACAUCAGAUUCCUUUUAACAUUUCCAGCCAUAGUGGUGUUCCUUAAAAACUUUGUAAAAGCUGUAAAAUGGAGCUUAAACUUAUUGUCUCCGACAGAUUGAGGAAAAAAGGCAAAAACAGAAAGAAGAGAGUGAACGAUUGAGGCUUGAGGAGGAGAAAGAAAACAAGAGACUGGAGAACGAACGGGCUUGCAUAAGGCUGAAAUAUGAGGAGGAGCAGAGGAAGCAGAAGAAAGUGGAGGUAAGUUUGUCAUCCUUGUGGUUGGAAGGCUCUUAUGACACUCGGCGUGCUUUGGACGAACAGUUGUCUUUACUUUCUGCAGCACAGGCUGGAAAACCAAAGCUUGAUCCAUGAACCUAAAAUCCAACAUAAGAGGGAGGACAGGAGGGCAAGGCAGGAGCAAGAAAUUGAGAAGAAGGAACCUGAGAUUGAGAAGAAGGAACCUGAAAUUGAGAAGAACGAACCUGAAAUUGAGAAGAACGAACCUGAAAUUGAGAAGAAGGUUAGAGAGGAGAGAGAGGCAGCGUGGAGUUACAAGGUACGAUGAACCUGAAAAUUCACGAGUGCAACUUCAUGCAACUUCUUGUGAUUUAAUCUGCUUGUAUAUUUGCAGAGGGAGCCUUCUCCUCCCAUCCCAACCUUGCAGAGGAAGAACAGGAAUCCUGUUCCAUCUAGACCUCCCUCUGUAGUUAGCCAACUCUCCUCCGGGACUGUAAGUCGCAAACUCAUUUUUAACAUCCAGGCCGUUUUAUGUAGACUAGAAUAUUAAAUAACUUCUUUUUCCUUCACAGCAGCCCUCUGUGUCAGCUCCAGACUUUCGAGAAGUCCCUGCAAAAGCACCCCAGCUACAAGGUAGGACUCUCCUGCCUUAUCUGAACUUAACCUAAUAAAUAUCUUAUCUGGCUGAAUGAAUUUCCCCUCCUCUUCCUCUAGAGGGUCAGCAGGAAGUGAUCAGAGAGCUGUCAGCCCUUCGUAGGCAUUUGCGAAAUGAGCAGAGACAACUGGAGGCUCAGACCAACCAGACAAACUCAGAGAAGUGGCCCAACGUUUCUCACAGAAGGUACUGCUCUUACACGCUCCGAGCAGCAGGGGUGAUUUGUGCGGGUGUAGCAUGCUUGGAAUGAUUUCGCUUUGAUCAGUUUCUACCCAACUUUAAAAACAUUCAUUUGGAGAAGUUACUCGAUGUGCUCGACCCCUUAAGGUCCAAUUUCAUCAAAGACAUUCCCUGAUGCACAAAGGUGAAGACACACUAAUAAUCUGGUCUUGUUAAAAGGCAAAUUUGAUUUGCUAUUAGUAUUUAAGGAGGUUUUCUUGAGCUCUGGGCUAAUGAAAGUGACCCAGGUCAAAUUGGCCAUCAUCUAAUCUCUGCUCUCAUUCGUUUCAGGGACUCAUUACAGCAGCAGUGUAAUGAUGUGAUCCCUGAAGGAAACUUUACUUUCUAUUUAUCACCACCUUGCAGGAAAUGUGUCUGCUUUUGAGAGGCUCUGAACACUGAAAAACACAUAAUAUAGUUUGUCAUUUAGCCCCAUUUCCAAAAAGGACUACGAGUGAAUGUCCUAAAAGCUACUUGUUAAGUAUUUGCCUCUUUUCAAAUAAGUUAGCAGUGAAAUGACUUUGAGCUGCUGCCAGUUUCACAGCUUUUCCUUGCUUCCAGAAUAAGCUGCUUACCCAGAUGCCUCAAGCUUUAGGCCUUAUGAAAGCAUGUGGAAAUGCUUAACGCACACAAACCAGGUGUUACGUCCAAAUACAUCACACUUUCAAACAAAACUAAUUUAAUUCGCUUCAAAUUGAAUCCUAAUUGAGGAGGCUGGUGAAUCAAGUGGAAACGGAAGCUGUGGUCAGUGAGCAAAACUGCGGCGUGUUCAGGACGGUGUGUUAAAAUGUGCUCUCUUUCUUUUCUCAGACCCAGAGGGCGAGCGAGAGCGGAUGCAUUUGAAAUGUCACAAAGGCGAGCUUUUCAGUCAGCACCCAGAAGUCCAACCCCUGGAACUGCAUGUGCUAAUAUGCAAAAUAUAAGGGAGUUCAACCAGCUCAAAUACAGAGGUAACAAUACACUCUUUAUGAACCAUGUCAAACUUUGUUUCUGCAGAAGAAAAGCGAACAAAAACACAUUAAGUUUCCUUUAAAUCUAUAUCCUCCAAGUAUUCUCUCUUCUGCAGUAUUAUGGACAGUGAACCCCAGCCCGCUUGAGAGACUUAAUUCCUUUUGAGUGAAAAAGUAGUCCCAGCUGCAAAGAGGUCACUCAUUUCACUUGAAGCUGCAGAAAAAGUUGCAGCUACUUUCUUUUUUUGUAAGAGAGGGAUAUUGCUUCAUCUGACUUGUAACGCUUAAAUAAAAGCAGUGAAGUGUGUGUCAUCCUCUCAUGACGAAUUGGUUUAUUCCAUUUAACUGAAACUAAUUGGACGCUGCUUACUCUGCGCCUGGACUCUGAACUCCAACCUUGAGAAAACGAGUGAAAAAGCUCUCCCAUAAUGGCCUCAGUCAUGGUGCGAAUGUAUAGACAUGAUGAGGAUCACUGGUUUGGACUUUGCGGCGCAUCAUCAUUCCUGUCUCCCUCGAGCUACACUCAAACUUUAAUCUCAUGGGGUCAUGGGAGGCCUCAAUCAGCGACGGCCCUCUUGGCAGCAUAAACAGAGAAUUUAUUGCGAGCGACCAAGGAAAUGGCUUUGGACGGUUUCCCAGACCGAGUUUCUGCAGAGCUGCAGCUUGUUAAACCAACAAAAUAAGAAGAAAUGCUACUUUGUGACCAAUUAACAAAAUCACUAAUCAAACCUCCACAUAUUUAGUUUGGCUUUACGCCAAGCUAACAUCUGAAAGCUAAAUUCUAUUAAAUUAAUUUCGCUCAUUCAGAUCUCAAUAGGAUGUAAGCAGUCUGCAGGGCUGCUGAGUCACAGGCAAGAGCGCUUUUUCAGGGAAGAAAACUACUGUAGACAGAAAAGGGAAAAGUUCGGGUUUUUCUUUAGUGUGAGCAGCUGAGUAGAAUUGUUCUAGCUUUUACAUUAAUGCUGUUAUUACGUCAUACAAGUGCACAAUCCUCUAUUUUUCAGACACAGCAUCUCGGGAGGAUCUUUGUCACAUGUACCCUGACCCUCCCACUGAUGCACACAGUCUGGACAUCCAACAGCAGGCACUUCUUCGUGAACAGAAGCGUAAAAUCAGGCUCAUGGGGGGAGAGCAUGUGCACGGUGAGUGACAGCACAGUAUUUCCCCCCGGACUGUGAAGCUUUUUACUAAUAAUAAAUGUGUUUAAAUGCAGACUCUCUGGACCAGGGCAUGAACUUUUAUCAUCCUGUAAGUGAUUCUCACAAUUUAAAUAUGCAUUAUUAUCAGGACUAUCUUGUUGAAACAUAUAGCAGUUUGGUUUUCUUAUUAAUUUGUGCCUGUUAUGUGUAAUUCUUCUCUCAAAAGAACAAGCCUGAGCAAUACAUCCACAGAGACGACAUUUUGCCAUCUCAGAGUGUUUUUACUGGUAAGCCUGGCCAAACAGAGCCUCUGUUCCUGUCCUUUUUCAAGUAUGAAAAUAGUGUUAACAUUUUGAACAAAAUGUGCCUCAAGCUUCUUUUGUCUGAGGCUUCAAUCAUUCCCCACAAAGGUGACAUGGCUCGGGAGGUCAGCAACAUACACAGUCACAAUACCACACCAGACCAGCCUCUCUGCCAGGCUAAUUUAGCUCUUUGUGUCCGUGCCAGGAUAACUGUAACACAUGCCAGCCCUGGUCUCUGUGCUGCAGCUGCUGCCAGUGCUGGGUGCAAGGCUCACAGACCAGCUGCAGGGUGGUGAUAGCCCAGUGCCAGCCGCCAGGAGAGGGGGGGCAGCAGAGAAAUAGCUACAAAGCCUGGUGCAAGAAGGGAGGCUUUUGAAUAGUUCCCCCCUCUAUCCUUUUCAUCCCAAGGCUUCUCGACAAAGGAUUUGCCAAAUGUAGAGAUUUUAAUUUUUGUUUUGCCUCAAGGGAAGUUUGAGGCCUCUGAUAUCUGUCUGGUCUUGUCAGAUGUUUACAGUGGUGGGGGCGCAGGCGAAGAGCAGAUUCAAAAGCAGAGACGUCAGACACCAGCAGAGUCCAGAGAGAGGACAGCAACACGGAGGAGACGUGAUGAUAUAGUACAGUGCUCAGGAGCUAAUGCAGCAUUAUCCGUUGAAAUGUGUUUUUGUUAGUUGUAAAGUAAAAUGUUGUUUGCUGUUGUUUUCAUUUGCUCAGGGGGUAGCUGACCCUAUAGAUCAGAGGGGCUGUCAGUCUGCGCGGGGGACUAAUAAAAACCUUGAAUAUGGGAACGAACCCUGUGAACAACAACACAUGCCAAGGCAACAUACUGACACAGGUGAGAGGAGGAAACAUACAUCAGACAAACUGUCAUUUUUAUAGACCCCAGCUUGAGUAUCUUUAUGCAGCUUUGUCAUCCAAGUAAAGCAGAUGUUAACUAUUACCUCAGAAAAACAUGAACUGGAAGUUACUCCACCUUGAAUUAAUUACACAUAUGCUGAAUUUAAAGCAUCCUUUCAUGCCUGAAGAAAUGUGUGAUAGAUAGAUAACCUUCUGUCCCCUCCAGGGUGGCUGUCUGGAGAUGAAGCUGAUGUCUUAUCUCUAAGCUCUGCCCUUGGGAGGCCUGUAUCCGUGGGCACUGUUGCCACGGAGGCCUGGCUGCGACCGGGCACAUCAGAUGCUGUGAAACAGAGGCAAAACAGCAGGAUGGAAACUCUGCCCUGGCUGACAAAGCGCCUCACAUAGCUUCAUUGGCUGGUUUGAAAGAUGGGAAACAGCAUCAAGUGGAGCAGGUUCUUUGACUGAUUGUCCUUCUUUGGGAUACAGACUGAAGAUUGCUGUGGGAUUUGGCCAGAUAAUGAAGCUUUCAUGGCUUUUAGAGACCAGAAUCUGACAGUGAAAAUGUCUUCCAUUAUACUCGGCUGUUUCCUCUCUGUAUGAAAGUGCACUUUAAAACCUACGUUUAAGAUGUAGUCAAUGAAGAUUUAUAAGAAGCACAUGUGUGGAUGUUCCAUGAAUAGGGGAGAGUGGGGUAAGAUGAGCCAUUUUUCAUAUUUCAGAUCACUACAUCAAGGCAAUCAUAGUUUUGUCUCUAACUAGUGUAUCUGCAUAUAUUUCAAGAUGUUGUUCAUCCCUGCAAACCAACAGAAUGAGUGUAAACAUAACUGUCUUGAUAAUAUAACAUGCCAAAAAAAAGUCGUUUCCUAUGGUCAAGUUACCCCGUGUAUGGGGUAAGUUGACCAUAAUGCUAGGUUUUUGACCUCAUGUUGUAGCUCAUAGAUACUACAAUUGAUGUGUAAAACAAAUUUAAAAUAAUCUUAUUGGUCUGGCUCAUCAUCUGUGGAGAUCAAUAAAAGGACUGCAAUUCAACCAUUUAGAAGUCAGUGAUUCAGCUUUUCAAAUCAACCAAGUUCAAAAACUUUAUUGACCUAGAACCUGAUUAGAAUGCCAGAUGAUGUUUUGUACAGAAAGUUGUACAUAAUCUUUUUUGCAACAUAGAAAACUUUACAUUGCUGUAUCAUAUACAUUUUGUUUUCUACAUCCAUGAGCAGGAACGCAUCCCAUUCAUUCUUAAAGCACAGCUAACGUCUGUCUUUUUCUCUAUACAUAUAACUUUUCCCCAAACCAAAGAAAAAAACAAAACAUUAAAUAUAUUAUUAACUUUUGAUUUUGUACACAAGUGAAAACUAAACAUAAAACAGACUAGUGAGUCGAAAGCAGCUAGAAUCAGGUCAUUCUCCUAUCGUCCAGUUUCAGAAGCCCAGUUAUCAUUCACUGUCUCUCCUUUAAAAACCUAAGAACAUAUAAAAUGGAAUAAUUUAACCCUUCACUUUCCGUGGUCUUGCUCAAUUACAAAUCAUACUGUAUAGGACAAUCUGCAGGAGAUGGUACGGUCAAAUAAAUUAUCACAAAAGUAACAUCUCCAGUGCAUUCAAAAAGAGAUCAAGUGCAGCAAAUCCAGAGGAGGAAAACAAUAAACAAAAAUAAAUGAAAUCUAGUGUUAUAAGAUUAUAUUACACAGCGGCAGAUCUGUACAACUAGUAGAGGCUAUCAAUGCUAAUGUUAGCCAUCUGCUGUGCAGACAGAAAGAUCAUCACUAUCAAUGUGUGUCACAUUUCAUAGUUACUCAGUAUGUCCUUUUGCAUGUUGCUGAAACCUCUCUUAACUUUUUAAAUAUACAGUAAGAAGCACAAACAGGUUCUGUCUGAGCAGAUCAGAUAUGAUAACUGUCAGCUGUUUAUCAGUAGUUUUUUCCAGUGGAGGCAUUGCUACACCUUUUACAAGACCUCACUGAUUCAAUGUGAUAUUGUGUUCUCCGUCUGGGUUGUUAGUGUGUGUAGGUGUGUGUCUGCGUUUGUGUCUUGUGACAGGGUUAAGGGUGUGGGUGGGUGGUACCAAUCAGCCAAUUUGUAAUCAGCUAUUAAAGUCAAGUUUUUCAGAAUAAACCACGUGGAGGGACCUGCACAGGAGCUCUGUGUUCCAGGCUGUCUGUGGUGCAGCAUCACUGGGCCUCCUCCCCAGCGUCCUCUGCCAUCUCUGCCACCUCUGCAUCCACCUCUUGUGAGACACAGGCUGGCUGAGGCUCUGCUUCAGGCUCAGGCAGCUGUGCAAUGUGGAACACAAGGCCAAUACGCAGGAAGAACUUCCUCAGAACAGCCCGGAGCUCAGGGAUCAAGUCGAACUGCAUGAUCUCACAGAGCAGAGGGUAGUACCUGGACGCAUGGGCCUUAAACUGAAGGACAGACAGACAAAGAGCAUGAGAGACAAACCAAUGGAAAACAGGAUUAUGAAACUAAAAUCUGAUUUAUUUGCUUAUUAUAAGAUACAAAACAGACAUAAGUUGAAAACAGCAUCACUCUCUUCUAAUCUCUUUUUGUUAUUUAAGAGUCUGUUCACCGUCAACUCCCUGUUUUUCGCCGCAAGCAACCUGAAA